AAUACGUGCAGUGUCUGUAACAUAAUACAACCCAUUAGUAGUCUGAGAAGUACUAAAACCAUUAGGCGAUGGCGAAGCCUGAAGAAUGUGAGAGUGUUUUGAAAAAUGUCGACCAAAUAAGCCAGCUGGUAGUGGAUUUACAGUCUUCUGAUGCUGAAGUACAGCAAAAAGCCAUGGCAAAAGCUGAUUGCUACAUUGCUGCCAUGGAUCAACCCUGCAGAACAAAAGUCAACAAGACUACAAUCAACACAAACCUGCCACUCCAACCUUCCUUGAGUCCACAGAAUGAAACUUUAGAGAAUUUCAUGAAGAUUACGGAGAAAGAAGCUGAAGACCGGAGAGUAAAGAGAAUGACUAAAAUGAAAAAGGCAACUGCUCAUAAAGACAAGGGGAAUGAAGCUUAUGCUCAAGAAGACUAUGAAACUGCAGUUAAGUAUUACAGUGAUGGUUUGGCUGAACUGAAGGACAUGCAGCCUCUCUACACCAACCAUGCACAAGCCUACAUAAAGCUGGGAAAGUUCAGAGAGGCCAUCAGUGACUGUGAGUUUGCCUUGAAGUGUGACAAGAGAUGUAUAAAAGCCUACCUACACAUGGGCAAAGCAUACCUUGGAUUGAAGAAAUAUAGUGAGGCAAGAAACUGCUUUGAAAAGAUACAGGAAAUUGAACCUGGGAGGAAAAAGAUGGUGAAAGAGUACCUGGACCUUGUAAAUUUGGAAGAGGAGAAAGAGACUCAGGAGAUUAAUGCCAAGGAAGAGUUUAACAAAGGAGGGAGGAAGGCUACAGCAGUGCCUCAGCUGCUGGAGAAGCUGUCAAUGCCCAGUCGGAUGCCACUCUAUUAUUGUGGUGGAUUGGAGAUUCUCACACAAGCAGUUACUGAGUGUACAGGGCGGACUCUUUUCAGACUGAACAAUGGCUUUAGUAUCAUCAGCAGCAAUGACACAGUGAAAAGUUGCUUAUUACAGAAAACAAAUGAUCCAGACAGCCAGGAGUUGUGUGUGUCCGUUUUGAAAUUAUGGAGGGUUAUCUGCUGUGAAAAUGAUGAAAACCAGAAAAUGUUGAUGGCCUGUCCAGUCGCCAGACAGUCUGUUGUUCUGUUGGUAACAUCAGAGCAUGUUGCUGUCUGGGAAGAAUGCCUGGCGUUGCUUUGCUUGUACUCAAAGAUGUUACAUGGCAGACUCUUGGCUAUUGGCAACCUAAAUUUGCACAUGUUGGUGAAGAACCUCAUGUUGUGCAUCUCAGAGCCAAAACAGCAGCGGGAGAACACAGCCGUCUAUAUUCUGAAGAACUUUACAGCUGAAGACAGAUUUUGCAUUCUGUUAAGAAAUGGGUUGAAAGACUCUGUCACUUCGCCAUUUGCAAAAUUACUGAGAAAUAUCAGCAAGUCAAGUCAGCACAUCCUUCAAUCAGUAGUAUCAGCUCUUGGCUGUCUGGCUCGAGAUGAUGUCAUCCGUCAAAGCCUUGCUCAUGAUCAACAAUGCUGGCAGGCCCUCCUGGAGGCCAUUAGGUACUGCUGUGUAUCUGAAUACAAAGAGGUCCUUUACGUUAUACUUGGUUUGAUCAUCAACCUUACUGCAGUCACCUCUCCAGCCAUCCAGAAGCAUGCUGUUUCACUGUCUGACUGCUGUCUGGGUCUGCUGAAAGAUACUGAGGGAAGAAUCAUAACUAGAGCUACAGGCGUGCUGGGAAAUAUCCUCCAACAGUCUCCUGAAGCUGUUCACCUUGUUAUUCAAGGGAAAGCCAUCCAGACCAUGUGCAGGCUGCUGAAGGGAACAGAACCGGCUACUACUAAGUAUGCCAUUAAGACUCUGACAGUGUGCACUGGUGCCAGUGACUUGGCACGUGAGGAGCUGGUGAAGUCUGAUAAAAAACUGUCCAUUUUACGUCAUUUGCUGAGUUCAAGCUGCUAUGAGAUGAUUUCAGGAAAUGCAGCUCUAUGCUUGGCUCAUUGCUUCGAGUUGGAGGGAGUUGCCACCUGCCUGCUGGGCACCGAUAUUGUGCUGCAACUGCUGCGGCACGCUGCAGGAGACACUAAGAGAACAGCUGUGCAGAAAAAUGCAGCGAUUGCUCUUGGGAAACUGUGUAGAUCUGAGCCCAGACAUGUGCACAAACUUCGUGAACUCCAUGGCCUUGAAAUCCUGCACGCCUGUGUCAAGAUCAUCUGAUAGACCAGUAGUAAUGUGUUAAUAAACACAUUUACAAUCCCUUUACGCUCCAUAAAUCUUGUUUUCUUAUCUUAUCUUUACCCAAGUUAAAAUUUCACUAACACAACCUUUUCUAGACCCUAUCUAUACUUGCUCUUGGGUUUUGCUGUUGAAGUAAAUCAAGACUGACUUGGGAGGAAAGAUGCAUUUAAAUUGAAUAUAAUCCUGCUCCUAAUUGCUUAAUUUACAUAGACAAGAUCAAAUGCAUUAGCAAUGUUCUCAGCUAUCCCUGUUAUUCAUGACCAUGUCAAUAUACAAAGAUAAUUGUUAUAAAUAUAUACAACUUGAGGUAAAAAACAGUCAGUGGUUCAGUUUUUACCCUCUUCUGUCAAUCUGCCUAAUAUUUAAAUGUAAAAAACAUUUUUUCAAUAUAAAAACACUUAACUGCUUAUUCUUAAAAGUUUUUUAUUAAGAUAUUUGGCUAAAUUGAUACGGUCUACGAUUAAAUAACUUAUGUUUUAAAGUGGAAAUGAAUACGCCAUAAUUUGUUGGAUGUUGGUGACUCAUGGAUGCACACUUAGUGCACCAGGAUGUAGUGGUUGUGGUAACUCAUUUGUUCCUUGCUGUGCAAAAUCCUUUCUUUUUAAGGUAGUAAUGGAUCAAGUACUUGGUCUAGCUAAGGUGCACUGCCUGGACAAUUAGACAAAACAGUACAGACAGUAAGACUGUGAUAGUAGCCAGGUUUGGAAUUUGAGACUACCGGGUAAAUUCAGUCCUUGUACUUAAAAUAUAAAAUACUAAAAACAUGCCUCUCUCUCUUUCUCUCUCUCUAUCUUUUAGCUUUACGUGAUGUCAUGAUAAAGCGAUACUACAUUGUUUUAAUACUGUGGAUAAGCUAGGAAACAUGGAAAAACAUUUUUUUAAGAUUGAGUUGGGGGAUGUAUCACCAGUGUAUGUCUUGAAAGUCUUUCUCUUAGUCUCUGUUCUUUGAGGUGUGUAAAGUACAAGUUAAGCAAUACAUACUGUAUUAACCAUGUAUGCAAUACUAAACUUUUGUGAAAAGAAUAGAAUCUGCACCACAGUGUUAUUUUAUCUCUCUUCUAAGAAGUAUAGAUCAAGCUGGCAUGGACAAACUCAGGGAUUUAAAAGCUACAUGCUUCAG